AUGUGUGUUUUGAUUUCUUGUGUUACAGACUUGGCUCAGCGACCACUCCAUUCCAAACGCAUAAGCGGGCGUCGAUCGGAGCCAGACGAGGCGGAGCUUCUGAAGGUCAGCAAGCGGCUGGUGGAGGACGCCAUCACCCGGGCGUUACAACAGUACAAGCAGGAAACACUCCAGAACGGGGGAGGGCCUAACGCCACGGCGACGGAAAGCAGCCAGGACACGAAAACAGACACUAUGGCGAACUCUACCUCGGACCACGGAAAGUGA